CAACAGAGGGCGAACGAGCGAACAGCAGGAUAGAGGCUCUAUAACUACUUAUAUAAUCCUUAAUAUUGGUUUGUAGAACCUCAUUUUCACAAAGACCUGCCAAGAACUCAUAAGAUUUUUACUUUAUAUAGGCAUAUUUGCCUAAAAACGAAGUUGCCCGACCUCCUUGAAUCAUGCCUUCAGAAAAGACGUUCAAACAAAGGAGGACAUUUGAGCAGCGAGUAGAAGAUGUAAGACUGAUCCGAGAACAGCAUCCCAACAAAAUCCCGGUCAUCAUCGAGAGGUACAAGGGAGAGAAACAGCUGCCCAUUCUGGAUAAGACAAAGUUUUUGGUUCCUGACCAUGUUAACAUGAGCGAACUCAUUAAGAUCAUCAGGAGGCGCCUGCAGCUGAACUCCAACCAGGCCUUCUUUCUGCUGGUGAAUGGCCACAGCAUGGUGUCCGUGUCAGCGGCCAUUUCAGAGGUGUACGAGCGUGAACGGGAUGAGGACGGCUUCCUGUACAUGGUCUACGCCUCUCAGGAGACCUUCGGAGCUGAGGGCCCCCUGUAAAAUGCCACCCCUUUGGCUUUUGCCCCCCCUCUCCUCCCCCAAAGGACAAUGACGUGACCUGUUCCAAACCUUGAUGACGUGCACCUGUGUCCGGAUCCCAGCCCGAUGCCUGGUCCCUGUUAUUCUCUCUGUCUAUUACCCUCAUUCAACCACAGUAGAUAAGGAACCAGGCAAGUCUCCUCUCCCUUUUGCCAGCCCCUCAUGAAUGAUUCCAACCUUUCACCACCUCAUAGCCAUUAUUCAAGUCCAAAAAUCCCCUCAUCUGUCACCCUCAACCCAGUCUACCCAAGUGAUUCAUUUACGUUUUAGGGUUUUUUUUGUUCCUGUUCUUGUUGUGUUUUUUUUUUAAAUAGAAGAUGUCAGUUUGAUUAGGUAGUUUGAUGCCCUCUUGGUGUGAUUUAGGACAGAUUUUGGUUACAGAGAGCAGAAUGGUGGUUCAGCCAGAGCACCAGUAAAUCUUCCAUGACUGCUUGAGACAAAAAAACUGAAUUAAGAGACUAGAAAACAAUCCAUUUUUCCAUCGCUGGUUGGAUUGCUAAACUAGACUAAGCUCACGAGCAGAUGAAGCUGUUGAACAUAACAUCAGUGCUGCUGAAACAUUCUGGGUUGAUGGGAGGACAUGUUGCUAAUACAGCUCGUUUCUAGCUUUUCUUUGUCUCUCAAAUCGAAUAAUAGACGAAUCUUAAACAUACCAUGGACAAUAUGGAGUUGACCAUCUCGGCACUUGUCAGAGUUUUCUGUUGGUGACAUGGGAGGUCUCUCUGACCUGUAGCUUACAUUACACAAAGUGUUUUUUGGGUUUUUUUAAACGUUGUUUUUUGCUGACAAACUAGCGAUAGUUUAGUGAAGAGUUUAGCAGUUCAGCUCUUUCCUCUUUACUUGUCCUCUGAGUCUCGUUUCCUGAGUUGGAAGUUGAGAAAUUUUCAAAUUUCACAACUUACUUGAGAGGUGAGGUUCUUUUUAAUUCACAUUUUAUUUGCCUUGUCAUAAACGUCUCCCAAGUAGGUUGUACAAAGUAAAAAAAAUGUGGAACUCUUGGGUUAAAAUAAAACAAACAAACAACAACAAAAAAAAAGUAAAUGCUGCGCUUUAAGAAAAAAAACUGCUAUGAUUGUAGAGAGAUGCUUUUUAAUGCAACUUUCAGAACGAAAGAAGAAAAAAAACAAUCAGCAUAUAGCUAACUGUAUAUCAAAGGAGCUUGAAUGAAGUAAUUAAUGGGUGAAUGAAUGAAUGAAUGAAUCAGUGACUGAAUGUUUGAGUGACAUGUAAAGCAGAGUGGUGGUGAUAGACAAAGCAGAGAGUGAUUCAUGUUCAGCUCUCUGAUUGGAUCCAUUUGAUGGUCACAUGGAAAGGGAGCCAAUGACAGUCCAUCACUGGGCCCAGUCAGUAGAUCUGAGGCUUGUUCCGACCCCCUGCUUUUGGGUGCACGCUUUUAGACUUGUCCAUUUAAUUAGAUGGUUAUUUAUGCCUUUAUUAUGUGUGCUGUUGUACUUCUCCAUCACUUGAAACUGUUUUAAAAAAAAAAAAAAAGAGUGAAUUUAGAUGCCUUUUAUCCUGAGCAUUUCUCUGCAGUUAAUCAUUUUUGAUUUUAUUUAAAGUGAUGUUUUUUUUUUUUCAUGUAAAAUGUCCGUGUUUUUUCCUCGUAUGUGAUGAUCAAAAAAUAAAUCUGUUGGUCUGAACGAGGGCCCAACACUGAGGACGUAACCAGUUUGGCCAGCCCACGUUCCCUGUAUGUUCUCCUGUUUAUCGCUCUCAAUCGUCAUAUUUACAGCAAUAUAUAACACCUCCUUUUUCUUGUAUUUCUGUUGAUAAUUUUAAAAAUAAAACAGAGGAAAUAUG